UUUUAUACAAUAUCAAAAUUAGCCCAUUUUGUACGGAGCUGGUUUUAUUCUAGACCCAAUUAUUUCGGAAAAAAUUUAAAAAAAAUUAUUUUAAUUUUUAAUUUUCUUUGGACUUUAAAACCAAUAAAAAAAUUAGCAGAUAUAGAGCCGAACACAAGCGUGAAAACAAAAAGAAACCGCACAAAAAACCAAAUUCAACAAAAUGGGCGACGAAGGCGGUGGCAUGAAACCAGGAGGUGAUUUAAAAUCCUUCCUCAUCGAUUUUAUGAUGGGUGGCGUGUCGGCUGCCAUAGCCAAAACCGCUGUGGCACCUAUCGAACGCGUCAAGUUGAUUCUCCAAGUGCAGGAGGUAUCCAAACAAAUAGCAUCGGACCAGCGCUAUAAGGGAAUCAUUGAUUGUUUUGUGCGCAUUCCACGUGAACAGGGCUUUUCAUCGCUAUGGCGCGGCAAUUUAGCCAAUGUGAUACGUUAUUUUCCAACACAGGCGCUUAACUUUGCUUUUAAGGAUGUCUAUAAGACGGUAUUUCUGGGCGGUGUUGAUAAAAAGAAACAAUUUUGGCGUCAUUUUAUGGGCAAUUUAGCAUCUGGCGGCGCUGCCGGUGCGACUUCCUUGUGCUUUGUUUAUCCAUUGGAUUUUGCACGUACGCGAUUGGCUGCCGAUGUGGGCAAGGGUGGCGAUCGCGAAUUUAAUGGAUUGAUAGAUUGUUUGAAAAAGGUGGUGAAAUCGGAUGGAUUGAUUGGGUUAUAUCGUGGCUUCAUUGUUUCCGUACAGGGCAUCAUUAUUUAUCGUGCCGCUUACUUUGGAUUCUACGAUACGUGUCGCGACCAUCUGCCAAAUCCGAAGGAAACCCCAUUCUACGUCAGCUGGGGCAUUGCUCAAGUAGUGACCACCAUUGCCGGUAUUGCGUCGUAUCCGUUUGAUACGGUGCGCCGUCGCAUGAUGAUGCAAUCGGGUCUUAAGAAAUCGGAAAUGAUCUACAAAAAUACAGCACAUUGUUGGCUGGUGAUUGCUAAGCAAGAGGGCAUACCUGCCUUCUUUAAGGGUGCGUUCUCGAAUAUUAUUCGCGGUACUGGUGGAGCUCUCGUCUUAGCCAUUUACGAUGAGUUCAAGAAGUAUGUGUAGACACUUUCUUUUCUUCGCCUCUCCAUGCUUCCGCCUCCCACUCAAUCCAGCAAAACAAAACCACAAAAAAAAAGUCACUUAAAAGAAACUGCACAAAAAUAAGAACGAAAGGAACUCAAAUAUCCCCAGAAAUAGGGAAAGCAAAAUAAUUGCAAAAUUUAUUUAAAAAAAAAA